GGGGCUGUGUCGGAGCGGGGGCUGAGCGGCUGCAGUGCAGAUUCCUCUUCUGCUGGAGCUGUGGGCUGAGGAGGAGCCCCGGCUCCGUGGGGCCGACGUGGGAGCAGCAGGAGGAGGAGGAGGAGGAGGGUCGGUGCUCAGCCAUGUCGCAGGUCAUCCACAGCCACGUGCUGCGUGUGGGGCAGAGUGUGUGCGUCCCAUCCCAGGAGGGCACCCAGCGCCUGCCCACCCCGUGCUCCUACUACUCAACGGACGCCUGGGCUGAGCCCGGUGCUGUGCGCUGUGCUGCAGCCCCGCUGCCCACCCGGGGGCUGCAGGGAGGUCACCCCACACCACAGGAGCCGUCCCUGCAAUGGGAGGACGUGGGCACAGAGCCCAACACCCACCUCGGGUCGCCCAUCUUGGACAUCUCCAUAGAGAACCUCAACCGGAUGAUCCUGGAGCUCGACCCCAGCUUCCAGCCGCUCUCCUGCCAGCCGAGGAAGGAUGUGGCUGUGCCCACUGCCCGGGGGAACACAGCUGGCACCCCACAGCACGACGUGGAGGCAGCAGACAUUAAGUACAUCGAGAUGACACCGACCAGAGCCAAGUGCACCGAGGCGCUGCAGGGCUCCCCCAGCCCUUUCUCCAGGUCUCCCCAGAGCAGCGGCCUCCUGUCCCACCCAGCAGCACCCAGAGGGCACUGCACCAAUGGCAGCGUGGUGUUCUCCAGCCCUGCGUGGCCCGACAGCCCCCGCUCGGCCCCCCCGGGCUGCGCUGUGUCCGAGAGCAUCGCCAUGCCCCUUCCCCGUGCCGGGCAGAGCGUCUCCCCCCGUGCGUCGCCGGGUGCCGACCAGCUGCUGAAACCCCUGCAGGCGGUGAGGGCGCAGCAGAGGGGCAGCGAGGUGUCCCUGCUCUCCAUGAGCCCCGGCUCUGACACCAGUUAUGUCUUUGGGAGCAGCACCCACUCGCUCCACGCCAGCGACCCCGAUGCCGCCUGCCCAUCUCCCCCCGGCUCCAUGGGCAGCCCCCAGACAUCAUCACCUGGCACCAGGUCUCGUUCUGGAGAAGCUCUGUGCCCCCCCCGGCCCCCCGCAGCCUGCCCUGUCCCACCCAGCCUCUCCCUGAAGGGCCAGGCCAGCAGCUGCCCACCCUCCAUCCUCCCCGACGUCCCGGUGCUGCUGGUCAAUGGGUGCUUGGAGCCAGGCGGGGUACCCCUCCCUGGGCUGAGCACAGCCCCCCCAGCCCCUGUGCAGCCCAGCCCGGGGCUCAGCACCCUGAACAACACGCUGUCAGCACCUGUGCUCACCUGCGGCCCUGACAGUCCCCUCUGGGCCGGGCAGCCCACCUUGAAGUUCGUGAUGGACACCUCGAAGUUCUGGUUCAAGCCCACCAUGAGCAGGGACCGAGCCAUCCAGCUGCUGCAGGACCGGGAGCCGGGCGCGUUCCUGGUGCGGGACAGCACGUCGUACCGCGGCUCCUUCGGGCUGGCCAUGAAGGUUCCCGGCGUUCCAGGCGACGAGAGCAGCGACCUCGUCCGGCACUUCCUCAUCGAGUCCUCGGCCAAAGGGGUGCACCUGCGGGGCGCCAGCGAGGAGCUGUACUUCGGGAGUCUGCCUGCCUUCGUGUACCAGCACGCCAUCACCCCGCUGGCACUGCCCUGCGCGCUGCGCAUCCCCACCCAAGAUCUGGCGGAUGGAGAGGACAGCCCCGACUGCGGCCCCGACCCCACGCAGUCCCCGCUGAAGAGAUCUGCAGAGUGCAACGCGCUGUACCUGGGCACGGUGAGCACGGAGACGCUGGUGGGAGCCCCGGCUGUGCAGAAGGCCACGUCCUGCACCCUGGAGUUGGAUCCGCUGCCCACACCCACCCUCGUCCGCCUGAGAGUGUCGGAGCAGGGCGUCACGCUGACCGACGUGCAGAGGAGGGUGUUCUUUAGGAGGCACUACCCACUGACUGCCGUCCGGUUCUGCGGGAUGGACCCCGAGGGCAGGAAGUGGCAGAAGUACUGCAAAUCCUCCAGAAUCUUCGGGUUUGUGGCCAAAAGCCAGACGGAUUCAGAGAACCUGUGCCACCUGUUUGCGGAGUACGACCCCGUGCAGUCGGCAGCGCUCAUCAUUGACCUCAUCACCAAGCUGCUGCCCGCCCCGUAGCACCCGGCCGCUGCCACGUGCUGGGACAGGACGGGUGUGCUGAGCCCCAUCCCUGCAGCUGCAGCCCUGUGCCCCCUCCCCAUGGCGAGGGGGAGUCUGGGGGGACCCUGGCAGUAGAGCAGCAUCACGGUGUCUGAAGUCACGGGGCUGCGCUGGAAGGUCCUGCUAUCUGCAAGCACCGGUGGUGGCGGAGCUGCCAGCACGGCACAGCUGUGCCCAACGCCUCCGAAUUCUUCUUCCCUUUCUGCAAAGCGAUGUCCAGAGCACCACGACCUCCUCACAGCGCCACAGGCUGAGAAAGAAACGUUGGCAUUUCCACGAUGGCGAAACGUUGGGGUUUGGAAGGAAUUGGGACACAUUUGGGCCGGAGCCCCGGCUGACGUCAAUGGGCUCAGCCCCGCAGCGCUGGGUCUGCACCGACCCUCCUCCCCCCGCGCUGCUCUCAUUUUGGACUCUGUGCCACACGGCCCUCUGGGGGGGUCAGUAAAUCAGCGCAUUGUUUAUCCCCCUGCAGUGAUUUAGCAACUGAAAUGUAGCACUUUGCUGCCCGCAGUGCUCACCCCAUCCUGCAGCACUCUGCUUGUCUGUCGGCUGGGAGCCACGGAGGAGGGCUGAGCGCCGCUCAAACCGUUCUCAUUAAGCAAUGCCUGAUUGCAGCGGUGCUGCUUGCAGGCUGCAGGCUGCCAUCCCUGGGACCCGCACUGCAUGGCCUGCAGGCAGCGCUGCUGCAGCUGCUCGGGUUUAUGGCAGCGCUGCCCUGAGUGCACCGGGAGCAGAAUCCGAAGGCUUUGGCUCUGAGCAGCUCCGGGGGGAGCUCUGCCGGCGCCGCCCAGCCGGGCCCCCCCACCCAAACAGCUCUGCUUUGCAGCGCUCGCCAGCAAAGCGGGGGCUGAUCUGCAGGGAGGGGUACGGCUGCUGCCUCCCUCCAACCCGACCGGGAGCGGCUCCAGGCAGCGCUGCCCGCAGUGGGAGUUCUGCGUUUGCUGCAAUCCCUUUUCCAGGGAAGCGCUGCAGGAGAGGGGGGAGUUCAGCCAAAACCACCCGGAUUUGGGAAAAAACAAACAAUUCCCCCAGCACUGCACACGUCCAACGGCCGUCCUUCCUGGGAGCUCACAGUGCCCGGCUCGGGGCGCCCCGUGACGCAGCCAGGACCCGACCUGUCACCGGGACUGCAUGGUGUCACCCCCCAAUGGGGACGUGGGGGUGGCACAGCACUGCCCAGAGGUGCCCACACGUUGUGCUCUGAGCAUUGGGGUGGGAGGGGCCGAGGUGGGCAUCCCGUCCCCAUCCACCCUGCGUCACGAGGGAAAGGGAACGCGGCCAUUAAACACAGCGACUGCUUUUUCUUUUC